AUGGGUUUCGCGCAAAAGAAGGCGAGGAGAACAGGGCAGAAGCCAAGCCCAUUGGUGGGGUGGAUUUUCGUCAUGGCGGAUGCGGCAUUCAAGCCGGAGAGGGACUACUCCAAGGAAGCCGACAAGCAGAUCCCCGAGGCCGAACAGCUCGCAAAGACAGACAUCCAUGCUGCCAUCGAGAAACUCUCGGUCCUCGAGAAGCAGACGCGGCAGGCUUCGGACCUAGCAUCUACAUCACGAGUCCUCAUCAGCAUUGUCACCAUAUGCAAAAAUGCCGGCGAUUGGAGCCUUCUCAGCGAUCAGACCCUGGUACUCUCCAAGAAGCAUGGCCAGCUCAAGCAGGCCAUCACCAAGAUGGUCCAGACCGUCAUGGGCUUCCUAGACGAGACACCGAACAUGGAAACCAAGCUUUCCGUCAUUGAGACACUCCGCACCGUCACCGAAGGCAAAAUCUUCGUUGAGGUGGAGCGGGCUCGCGUGACCAAGAUCUUGUCCGACAUCAAGAAGCAACAGGGCGAUCUCAAGGGUGCCGCCGACACGCUCUGCGAGCUCCAAGUCGAGACAUUUGGGUCCAUGGACCGGCGCGAGAAGGUUGAGUUCAUUUUGGCGCAGGUGGCCCUCUGCAUCGAGAUUGGCGAUUGGACACAGGCCGGCAUCCUCAGCCGCAAGAUCAGCACCAGGUAUCUUGCCAGGAAACCCAAAAAAACGCCGGAGCAGCUCGAAAAGGAGAAGAAGGAGCGCGAAAAGAAGGCAAAGCUUGAAGAGGAGCCUGAGAAGGACGAGGAGGAUGUCACAGACCUCAAGCUGCGCUAUUACAAGCAACAGAUUCAGCUGUCCCAGCAUGACGCCAAGUACCUCGACGUGUGCAAGCACUACAGACAGGUACUCGACACCGAGUCCGUUGAGGAAGACCCAGAUAAGCUUCGCUUCGUGCUGCAGAGGAUCAUCUACUUCAUAAUCCUGGCACCGCACGACAACGAGCAACACGAUUUGCUCCACAGGAUCCACAAGGACCCGCGUAUUUCCAUGGUGACGGAAGACGCAGAGCUCCUGAAGCUGUUCACGGUUCACGAGCUGAUGAGAUGGCCCGAGGUGGCCAGGGUGUUCGGCUCGCACCUGCUCGAGACCGAAAUCUUCGACUCGGCCCCGGGCCAGUCGGCCGACGACAAGGCCUUUGAGCGCUGGCAGGACCUGCGCAAGCGCGUUAUUGAACACAACGUGCGCGUCGUGGCCAAGUACUACACACGCAUCCAGAUGGGCCGCCUCACCCAGCUGCUCGACCUGACCGAGGACGAAACUGAAAAAUACAUCAGCGAGCUGGUGACGGCCAAGACGGUCUACGCCAAGAUUGACCGCCCCGCCCGCAUCGUCAGCUUCGCUAAGCCCCGCGACGCCGACGACAUCCUCAACGAGUGGAGCUUCAACAUGAAGAGCCUGCUGGGCUUGCUCGAGAGAAUCGACCAUCUCAUCACCAAGGAGGAGAUGAUGGCCAGGAUCCAGCCCGGGGUCAAGACCAAGAAGGGCAAGGAACCCAAGCAGGCGUGCUAG